AUGCUUUCAUCAAAAUCAUUUUCCAUAGUUCGUUUGAAUCAAUCGACGCGUCUGUUUCGGCGUUCUUUUUUUAAUCAAACUUAUAUCAAUGGUCAAUGGGUUUUAUCACAAACGGGAGAAACUUUUAAAGUUUAUAAUCCAGCAAACGGCGAAGAAGUAGGUAGUGUACCUAAUUGCAAUAAUCAAGAUGCCGAAAAGGCCAUUCAAGCAGCGUAUGAUGCAUUUCAAAAUAAAUGGUCAACGAAGACGGGGAAAGAACGAAGUGUCAUCAUGAGAAAAUUUAAUGAUCUAAUUUUGAAAAAUAAAGAUCAUCUGGCAAAAAUCCUGACAACUGAAAUGGGUAAACCGGUAAAAGAAGCCGCUGGAGAGAUUGUGUACGGUGCAAGUUAUAUCGAAUGGUUUGCUGAAGAAGCAAAACGUAUUCACGGUGAUGUACUUCCAGUUGGAAUAGCAAAUCGUCGUUCAUUUGUUCUUCGUCAGCCAAUUGGUGUCUGUGGUUUCAUCACACCAUGGAAUUUCCCAAGUUCAAUGAUUCUACGCAAAGCUGGUCCAGCACUGGCUGCUGGCUGUACGAUUGUAGUUAAACCAGCAGAAGACACGCCCUACUCGUGUCUGGCUCUUUGUGAUUUGGCAAAAGAGGCAGGAUUUCCAGAUGGUACAUUCAAUGUGUUAACCAGUACACGAUCAGCUGAGAUUGGCAAAUUUCUUUGCGAGCAUCCCCUGAUUUCCAAAAUGUCAUUUACUGGAUCGACUGAGGUCGGAAAGAAGAUCAUGGCAAUGUGUGCAUCAACGGUGAAAAAAAUAUCGUUGGAACUUGGUGGAAAUGCACCGUUCAUAGUAUUCAAUUCUGCUGAUGUCAAACAGGCAGUGCAAGGAGCAAUGGCAUCGAAAUUUCGUGCUUCCGGUCAAACGUGCGUGUGUGCGAAUCGAAUUCUUGUACAAGAUGGUAUUUAUGAUGAAUUUGUUGCCGAGUUUACCAAGAAAGCUAAAGCACAGAUUGUGGGAGAUGGGCAGGAUGAGCGAACACAUUUAGGACCGGUUAUCAAUAAAGAUCAAUACGAAAGAAUUAUCGAUUUUAUUGAUGAUGCUAAAAAACAAGGAGCAAGAAUUGUCACUGGUGGAAAUGAGAAGAAGGGAAAAGAAUCGGGAUUUUUCAUUCAACCAACUGUCGUCGCUGAUGUUAAGUUAUCAAUGCUUGUAGCUAAAGAAGAAAUAUUUGGACCCAUCGCUGCACUUAUCAAGUUUAAGACAGAAGAUGAAGCCAUCAAAAUUGCGAAUUCAGUCGAUGUCGGUCUUGCUGGCUACUUCUAUAGUCAAGAUUUAUCACAAAUUUGGCGUGUGGCAGAACGACUUCAAACUGGUAUGGUCGGUAUCAACGAAGGACUUAUCUCAUCCGUUGAAGCGCCAUUCGGUGGAAUAAAACAAAGUGGUUUCGGACGUGAAGGUUCCAAAUAUGGUAUUGAUGAUUAUGUUAACAUGAAAUACCUCUGUAUGGGCGGUUUAAAAGAUGUUGAUCGAAGUUCGCAAUAA